GGUUAUUUCCUUAUCAUCUUGAAUAUACUUGCAAUCUUCUUAAUGAUAUUUCACCAGGCCUGUUGAAGGAGUUAGAUUCACGAUUUGAUUGGUCAAAUGACUUUGUUAAUUUAUUUAAAGAUUACUCAAAAACUAGUUUAUGUAUCCCAAAGCUACAUCAUUGGAGAUAUCAUACAAUACCUUCAAUUAAACUUUUUGGUGCCCUUAAUGGAUUUUCAGCUGAAACCUUUGAAUCCUUGCAUAAAGAAUAUAUCAAGCAACCAUAUCAUUCAACAAAUAAAAAUUUUAUUGAUGAACAAAUGCUCAACAUUACAACAAGAAGUAAAAUACAAAAACUGUUUGGGGUAUCUUUAUAUAAACAAAGGUUACAAAUGCAAAAUUUAGUUGCUGAGUUUCGAUCAUUAAUAUUUGAAUUCCACUAUAGUCAAUUAGUGGAAAUUAUAUCAGGUUUAUCACAAAUUUCAAAUAAAUGUGAAGUUCUAAUAAAAGGUUUAUCUGAAUUAGAAAUAUGUUUUGAUAAUUAUUUAUUUCAUUAUUAUCCAAAUAUCACUCAACAAAAUGAUACUAUUUGGAAUUCAUGUUUAUUAAUCUAUAAUGGAGCAAAACUAGCAAAUGGAGAAAUUAUACAUGCUACAAAUUCAUAUUAUAAUUCAUCAUAUUUUAGCAAUGUUGCAGUAAACUUGGAAGGGUGUGAAGUUGACAAUUAUGUUACAGAUAAUGGGGAUUGUUAUGCACAGAUAUUGUUAUUAUUACAAAUCAAGUUUGAAUUAUAUGAUCAAAAUGAAGUAGUUAAUUUAGCAUUGAUCCAAUG